AUGCGUGUGUUUUUGGCGUUGUGUUCUAUGGUAGCCGUUGGCUUGGCUAAACCUCAAUACAACUAUGGCAAUGGUGUGUCUGGAACAUUUGGAAGCCUAGGAGGCGGUAGUUUAGGUGGGGGUUUUGGCGGUUUUUCCGGUGGUGGAAGUAAUGGUGGUUUCUCAGCGGGACCAUCCUCCUUUGGAGCAUCUUCAUUUGGCGGAGGAGGCUUUGGAGGUAAUUCUGCCUUAGGUAGAGGUUCCUCCUCAUUUGGAGGCUCAUCUGGCUCCCUGGGAGGAAGUUCUUCCUUCGGAGGUUCCUCUUUCGGCGGCUCCUCUUCCUAUGGAGGAGCUUCCCAUUACCAUAAUGGGGCUUCUUCGGGCCAUGCUGGUCAAUUUGAAGCUCCUAUUGUACACAAACAAUUCAUUACCGUUUCUGCCCCCGAGGAUCAAGACAGUUUGUCUCAAACCAAACGUUUGGUCAUAGGUCGCCCUCAAAAGAACUAUCGAGUGGUCUUCAUCAAAGCUCCAGCUUCCAGCAAUGCCAAUGUUAAAUUCUCCGCUGAAUAUGCUCCACAAGAAGAAAAGACUGUCAUCUAUGUGUUGUCAAAGAAGGACAGCUCUUUGGAUGUAGGUGAGAUUGCUACACCAGCACCAACUGUGCCCAGCAAACCAGAAGUAUUCUUCAUCAAAUACAAGACUGAGGAAGAAGCUCAACAUGCCCAAAGACAAAUUCAAGCCGAAUAUGACAAAAUCGAAGGUUCUUCCGAACACACCGACGCCGGAGUUGCUCCACAACAAUCGGUUGUGGGCAUUUUGGAUGGCGGUAAUGCUGGUGGCAACAUUGCCGGUGGCAGCAAUGGUGGUGUCACCUUUGGUGAUAACUCUUUUGGUACUUCUGGUGGCUCUUCUGGAUCAUUUGGUACAGGUACUUCGGGUUCCUUUAGUACUAGAAGCUCUUCAUCUGGUUUUGGUAUUUCUGGCCCUACUAAUGCUGGAUCUGCUUCUUACUUGCCUCCCAACGGCCACUAA